AUGCCUCAUUGUCUGAUCCUUGGUAUUAAUAUUUCAUCAUUAUGGCGUGCGUCAACAGGUACAUUAAUUAAAAAAAUAAAUGAUCUCUAUUUUUCAUUACCAACACAACGAUUAAUAUCAAAUAAAAUAAAUUUAAAUGAUGUCGAAACAACACCUGAUACAAUUUAUAUAAAAACUCUUUUAUCAUGUUCUAAUAAUCAACCAUAUUUAAUUGCAUUAAUAGAUUAUAUAUCAAUUUAUUUUGAUACAAUGCAAAAUCAUGUUGAAUUAGGGUGUCAAUCUUCAUAUGUUAUUUGUUUUAUUGAAAAUUUUUCAAUGUUAAUGAAAUUAAAUAUUGUAUUUGUUGUUGUUGUUCAAGGUUUUGAUAAAUAUAAUAAUAUUCUUAAAUAA